AUGCGAUUCACAACAACAAUAUGGAGACAUCAAUCUCUGCAAAAACUCAAACACAAACCUCGUAUACACGCACUUGGCGCUACGAAAAUCCGAAUCUAUUGCUUUAGUACUUCUAUAUCAUCCUCUCGUUUAUACAAUGCACACAACCUGUUCGACAAAAAUCCUGACCGAAACCUCGAAAACUACACGAGCUUGCUCUUUGGAUUUUCUCAUGACGGACGCACUCAAGAAGCAACGAGACUCUUCUUGAACAUCCACCGUUCCGGAUCGGAGCUGGACUGCUCAAUCUUCUCCUCUGUUCUAAAAGUCUCCGCUACCUUAUGUGACGAGCUUCUCGGCAGACAAUUGCACUGCCAAUGCGUAAAGUUCGGAUUUUUAGACGAUGUGAGUGUGGGAACAUCGUUGGUUGACACAUACAUGAAAGGAAGCAACUUUAACGACGGAAGAAACGUUUUUGAGGAAAUGAAAGAGAGGAAUGUUGUUACUUGGACUACGUUGAUAAGCGGGUAUGCGCGAAAUUCGUCGAAUGAGGAAGUCUUGACAUUGUUUAUGAGAAUGCAGGAAGAAGGAACGCAGCCGAACUCGUUUACCUUUGCAGCUGCUCUUGGAGUUUUGGCAGUAGAAGGAGCAGGUGGGAGGGGAAUGCAGGCACAUACAGUCGUUGUGAAGAACGGUUUGGAUAAAACGAUUCCUGUGUCUAAUGCUCUGAUCAAUCUGUAUCUAAAGUGUGGGAAUGUUGGGAAAGCUAGAGUUUUGUUUGAUAAGACUGAAGUUAAGAGUGUUGUGACGUGGAACAGUAUGAUUUCUGGAUAUGCAGCGAACGGUCUUGAUUCAGAAGCGUUGAGAAUGUUUUAUGCUAUGAGGCUUAACCAUGUGAGGUUAUCUGAAUCGAGCUUUGCUUCCGUUAUCAAGCUCUGUGCUAACUUUAAAGAGCUGAAGUUCACGGAGCAGCUCCAUUGUAGUGUUGUCAAAUAUGGUUUCUUGUUUGAUCAGAACAUAAGGACGGCUCUAAUGGUAGCUUAUGGUAAGUGUUCUGCGAUGCUUGAUGCUCUUAGUCUGUUCAAAGAGAGUGGAUUUCUAGGGAAUGUUGUGUCGUGGACAGCGAUGAUUAGUGGUUUCUUGCAGAAUGAUGGGAAAGAGGAAGCGGUGGAUUUGUUUCGGGAAAUGAAGAGGAAAGGUGUUAGACCGAACGAGUUCACUUAUUCGGUUAUUCUCACAGCUCUUCCUGUAAUGUCUCCAUCAGAGGUCCACGCAGAGAUUGUAAAGACUAACUACGAGAGAUCUUCAACCGUUGGAACAGCGCUUUUAGAUGCUUAUGUGAAGUUAGGUGAAGUAGACGAGGCUGCAAAAGUUUUUAGCGGUAUUGAAGAUAAAGACAUUGUGGCUUGGUCAGCGAUGCUUGCAGGAUAUGCUCAGACCGGAGAGAUUGAGGCAGCUAUAAAGAUGUUUAGAGAGCUCACAAAGGGAAGGAUGAAACCGAACGAGUUCACACUCUCUAGCAUCCUUAACGUUUGUGCAGCUACUACUGCGUCUUCAGGACAGGGGAAGCAAUUCCAUGGAUUCGCUGUAAAAUCAAGCGUUGAUAGCUCUCUGUGUGUUAGCAGUGCUCUUUUAACCAUGUAUGCUAAGAAAGGCGAUAUUGAGAGCGCUGAAGAAGUCUUUAAAAGGCAGAGAGAGAGGGAUUUAGUGUCGUGGAACUCGAUGAUCUCAGGGUAUGCACAACACGGGCAAGCUAUGAAGGCUCUCGAUGUUUUCAAGGAGAUGAAGAAGCAAAAGGUGAGAAUGGAUGGUGUAACGUUCAUCGGAGUAUUUGCUGCUUGUACACAUGCGGGGUUAGUAGAAGAAGGCGAGAAGUAUUUCGAUAUAAUGGUGAGAGAAAACAAGAUUACACCUACAAAGGAACAUAAUAGUUGUAUGGUGGAUCUAUACAGCCGAGCCGGGCAACUUGAAAAGGCUAUGAAGGUGAUAGAGAACAUGCCGUACCAAGCUGGUUCCACCAUUUGGAGAACAGUUUUAGGUGCGUGUCGUGUGCACAAGAAGACAGAGCUUGGGAGAUUAGUUGCAGAGAAGAUCAUUGAGAUGAAACCAGAGGAUUCAGCUGCAUAUGUGUUGUUGUCGAAUAUGUAUGCAGAGUCAGGAGAUUGGCAGGAGAGAGCCAAAGUGAGGAAGCUGAUGGACGAGAGAAAGGUGAAGAAAGAAGCUGGUUAUAGUUGGAUUGAGGUCAAGAACAAGACUUACGCGUUCUUGGCUGGUGAUCGGUCUCAUCCUCUCCGAGAUCAGAUCUAUAUGAAGCUAGAGGAUUUGAGUGCGCGGCUGAAGGAUCUAGGGUAUGAGCCGGAUACAAGCUAUGUGCUUCAGGACAUUGAUGAUGAGCUUAAAGAAGCUGUUCUUGCUCAGCAUAGUGAGAGACUAGCUAUUGCUUUUGGGUUGAUCGCUACACCAAAGGGAAGUCCUCUUUUGAUCAUCAAGAACCUUAGAGUUUGUGGAGAUUGCCACGUAGUUAUCAAACUGAUUGCGAAAAUUGAAGAAAGAGAGAUUGUGGUUAGAGAUACAAAUCGGUUUCAUCACUUUAGCAGUGAUGGAGUUUGCUCAUGUGGGGACUUUUGGUAA